UCAUGUCCUUGUGACUUUUGAUCGUGAAGAUUGCGAAGGUCACAAAAAAAGAGACAUAGUUCUCAGCACCUCAGUACAUAGGUUCUCUGUCCAUUUUGGCGAUGGACCGAAAGGCCCGAAAGAGAUUAAAAAGAAAAAGAGCAAUAUUUAUUGUAGUGAUUCCAUAUGUACAGGUUUCAUCGAAUCAGUACACCAACUAAAAAGUGAAGCCGAAGAAAUGCUCCCUAAAAGAGGAAGGAUACCUCCACAGAGACUUCUUAACACUGCGUCAGAAGUCUCAAAUGAUGAAGAAUCUUCCUCCAAAUCUGCAAAGCAGCGAUGCAAAAUUGUAUCCUCUCUAAUUCUGCCAGCUGGCAAAGAAUUUAUAAAAGCAGAAGAAGGCUUCCGGAAAAGGGAGUAUGGAAAUACUGAGGAAAAGCUUUCACCUGUAAAACGUAUAAAAAUGCAGUCAAUACCGGCUUCCUCUUCUUCAUCCUGUUCUUGCCCAGCUGCAGGGUUGCUAAAUAAAGCAGAAGAGAAGCUCAGCAGUGAAACUGCGGUAAAAACUAAUUUGAUGGAGCUAAAUAUGGCCAUUCAAAAUAAUUGGUUAGAGGAAACUCGAGAGCUAAAACAUGGAAUAAAGAAGCUCGAGAGGAAGUUCGACUUAUUCGCCGAUGCAGGUGACAUUGGCGCUUUUAGAGGGGUAGAGAAUCUCGAAAGACAUAUUGGAUAUGGCGAGCACGUGUGUACAAAAACAUCCAAUAAAAUUAUAGCGUACAUGCCGAAAUAUUCGAUGAAGGCCAUGAAACUCAUGGUAGCGGCGAUGUUAGGCCGGAAGAAUUUGAAGGCCCAUUCUGUGUGCGGUGUUAAGUCGAACAGGACUAUAAAUAAGCCAAAUGGGGCCACACGCCAGCAAGGCCGGCGAUCGAGCCAAAUAAAAUCUCGGCCAUGGAAGUUUUCAUAUACUUUUGGUGCGACAAGAAGGGCAUUGCUGACCCCAAAAAGUCCUCUAUUGUCUUCAACAUCAGAUAUCAUUUGGCGAAGUACAUAGAUGACAUCAGGAGAAUGGACAGUGGAAUAAGAAAAAAUGCAGCCAAAAGAAAAAAAAAUCCCAAUUGGAUCCAGCGGAAGCUCAAGCAGAAAAUCUUGAUGAAGACUUUUUGAAUUUAUAAUAAAUUAGUGACCUCGUAUAUAAGUCGAUUAUAAUUUCAUAUAAAGUUUUAAAUGUAGUAUAAGUUAGUCGUAAGGUAGAAAAACAGUGUUGUGAGCAAUUCCAUGUCAACUCAUCUGAAUAAUUUAAGGCCAUGUAAUGAGUGGUUCACGUGAACAGAUUUCUACCUUACCGAUACUUAUUUUAUUUCGUGACUUAUUUUCACACGAAGCACCACAUUGAGCUAAAAAUUUGGCAUAAUAAAUGAGAAGUACUUAGAAAGGUGGUCUUGAUCCUACAUUUUAAUAAUGAUGAAAACAGUCUUUUUUUAAAUUAUUUUUUUUUAUUUGUUCAUAAUUAUUAAAAUAUAGGAC